CCUUCCGAGUCAGAGAUUCAUGUAAAAGAAAAAUUAAACUCCCAAACUAUAAAACUGAUUGAAAUUAUCAAAAUCAAUUUCAAUUUCAAUUUCAAACUCAAUUCAAAGUGUUAGCAAUGAAAACGGAAGGAGGAGUGGGAGGUGGUGGUGGUGGUGGUGAUGGGAAAGAGAGGGAAGAGGAACAAGACGGAAUGUCCGCUCAUUCUCCCUGCAAAGCUCCUCCUUCCUCCGCUUCUUCCCUGCCCAAGGAGCAAUCACAGGUUGAAUUGGAGCUUAGACUUCUCGAAGCUCUUGAAAUUUAUCCUCCUGUUAAACUCCGAGGCAUGCAUCGCCACUUUGUUCUUUAUGGUCUGAUGGAAUUUUUGCGUAAAAGCUUUGAUAGACACUUUUCUUCAGACGAGGUUUUGCAGCUGAUGGACCGUUUCUACAACUUAGAAAUGCUGAAACCAGAUGACGAAGAGAAUGAAGUUCUUGGCCAUGACGAAGAUUUUUCUUUGCCGCAAAGCUAUUUUGCCAAGGAAGAGUGAUAACUCUUUGGCAUGUAUGUUGUUCUAGACUUACCUGGUCCUGAUUGUGUUCUUGAAAUGUUAACAAAUCAAGAGAUCAAACUUUAGAGAUACAUAUUUCUUAGAUUCUCAGAAUUUUUAUGACCUCGAAUUUCUUGUUUGGGAUGAUCAAUUUGUAAAUAUGAAAUAGACAUUAGUUAUGGGGGUUUGCAGCUAAAUACUUUGUAGGUUUUGGACAUACAGGUAUAGGGAGUCGAGGACUAUUAAUGCUAUUUUUAGUGUCGAGGUAUUUCAUAAAUAAUAAAAACUCAUCUUUACAGACUUGCAACA